ACCGGGAACUGGUAAAACGUCCACCAUCCUGGCCGCAGCUCGAUCUCUGUUUGGAACAGAGAUGAUGAAGUUACGAGUAUUGGAGCUGAAUGCUUCCGAUGAACGAGGAAUUAAUGUUGUCAGAGAGAAAGUCAAGAAAUUUGCUCAGACUACUGCCAGUGGAACAAAACCAGAUGGGAAGCCUUGCCCUCCAUUUAAAAUUAUUAUCCUGGAUGAGGCAGACUCCAUGACAUCCCCAGCUCAGGCAGCACUGCGAAGAACAAUGGAGAAAGAAAGUAAAUCUACCCGAUUCUGCCUGAUUUGUAAUUAUGUUAGUCGGAUCAUAGAACCAAUAGCCUCCCGCUGUGCCAAGUUCCGGUUUAAACCCCUAGCAGACCAAGUGCUGAGUGAGAGAUUGACAGAGAUUUGUGAUAAAGAAAACAUUGCUUAUGACAAGGAGGCCAUCCAAGCCCUGAUGGAUACCUCAGAGGGAGACAUGAGGAAAGCCAUCACCUACCUACAGAGUGCAGCCAGACUGAAGGGGGAUGAAGAGGUUACCUUGGGGGAUGUGUACGAAAUAGCAGGGGUGAUUAAAGAAGAUAAAAUUGACCAGUUAAUCAAAGUUUGUCACUCCAACUCUUAUGAAAAACUAGAAAAGAUGGUGCAGGAGAUGAUAUAUGAAGGACAUUCAGCGGCCCAGAUAAUCACUCAGCUUCACGACAAGAUUGUACAACGAGAAGACCUCAGUGAUCAACAGAAGUCUGUAACAUGUGAGAAACUCGCUGUUGUUGACAAGUGCCUGAUGGAUGGAGCUGAUGAAUAUCUUCAGUUGAUGGCGCUAUUUACCACUAUGAUGAGGGAGAUUUGUCGCUGACCAUGAGGGAAGAGAUCUGUAAUUAGUUACAAAACUUUCAUUUCUUGAUAUGUGGACAGGAAAAUUAAAAGUGAAUAGGAAUCUAAUUUUCUACCUUGAUCUGUAUCCAUUUACAGAUCCUUGUCCUAAGACUUGACUUAUUUGCGAUAAACCUCUAGAGACUCAAUACAAGCUUGAUGAGUAAAGACACUUGACUUAUUUGUGAUACACUUCUAAAGACUCAAUACAAGCUUGAUGAGUAAAGAGAUUUGGACUUGUAAGAGAAGUGGAAACUGAUUGUGUAAUCUGACAAUUAAAUUAUUAGAAUUAUAAAAAUAAAUUCCAAAUUAAA